AGCAGGUAGCUACGUCCCGGCGGUCCCGCGGGCGCCGCGCCUGCGCAGUUACAAGCCCUGAGGCCGCGCGCACCGCUCCCUGUCUCGCGCUGCCGGGAUGCCGAAGCUGAGCAAAGAGGCCAAGCAGCGGCUGCAGCAGCUCUUCCAGGGCAGCCAGUUCGCGAUCCGCUGGGGCUUCAUCCCCGUCGUGCUCUAUCUAGGUCAGUGCCCGGCCAGGGGAGCGGAGCCGCGCUGUCCCCGCUCGGGGAGCCUGCCUGGUCACGAGGCCCGCUUGGCCGC